CUUAAGACUCUCAUGACAGUUAACCCUCGGUGCUCGGACCAGUAAAAGAAUUCGGCGUUCCUGCAGGGUAUUGACCCUUAGGGCAGUGUAGAGUCCCAUCAAAAUAUAGGAACACGAGGAAUAUGUAUCACUAGAUACAUGGGAUCAGGCUAGGGGUACAUACUACUUCGAAGUAUGUGCAGAUGCUUGCACCCGCUGGGUCAACGGAGGCUCCAUUUAUUCGAAAGGCAUAUCUACACCACUAAGGCGUUUAUGUUUCAAGGUCUUUCCUCGCCACCCGUUCUUUCUUCUCUUUUUGUUGUUCUCUCAGUCAAUCGCAACUGUCGUCGAGCUCGAAGAUCUUGCCUUCAAAAAUACAUCCAUUCGUAUUGUAAUCAAAAUGCAUACCUCUACUACCUUCCUCGCUUUUGUUCAUCUCGCAUCCCUCACCGCAGCCUUCCCAUCUUAUAUGCGGCGGCAGACAAACAACUCUCCUAUUUGCCCAAAUCUUCCUACACUUGGUGAUAACUCCACUGCAAACAACACCAGGCAUGCCGACUCCCGUCCCGAAGAGUUCAGAAUUAUGUCAGAAGAGAUGUUCCCGUUCAUUCCCCCAGGGCCAAAUGAUCUUCGCUCCCCAUGUCCCGCCGUCAACACCUUAGCGAACCAUGGCAUGCUACCACGCGACGGCCGCAACGUCGAUUUGAAUUUGUUCACCAAUGCUUCCUGGUUAGGAUUCAACAUGGGCUACGAUACAAUGGCACUAAUUGCUUUACCGGGAAUGCGUUCUUCCACCACAGGAAAUUGCAACCCUCCAACUGUGCACCUCUCCGAUCUGAAACAACGCGUCCCCAAACUGGUCGAGCACGAAGCAUCACUAUCGCGAAGGGAUGCAUUCUUUGGAGGAGCAAUAGGCACUUUGGAUCAAGAACAAUGGAGUAGAACACUGGCGCGUUGGGAGGGUCAUGACAUUAUUACUGUAAGUACUUGUUCUUUCCCCUCCCUCGACAAAGAUUCCCUCAGUUUCUAAUUCAUUGACUAAUUUACAUUUCAAAUAGCUCGAUGUAGCAGCCAAAGAGCUCAAGGCCCGCUUCGAUUGGAGCAGAGAAAAUAACGCCAAUUUCACGGCGGAUGAAGAGGAGUUCUCUAGACUGCCUUCUUUACUGCAGUACGGUCUCCUCAUUACGACUUUCGGCAACAUGGAAACGGGGGAUGGCAACAAAACUCUGAUUAAGUACUUUAUAGAGAACGAACGAAUGCCAUGGUCCUUGGGUUGGCAACCCACCCAAGAGCUUUAUUUCCCAAACAAUCAGUUGGUUGCUGGGAACAUCUCCGCUAUUUGGGACUCCUUAGUGGAAGCGGAAGAAACGUGCUGAGGUCAACUCGCAAGCAUUGUUCGAUUUGGAUUGUGCAGUUUAUUGACUUAGCGAUAUUAUAAAUCUAGUACCUUCCAAGAAAGAAUGAUAUAUUAUGAAGGAGAGUUCUAGUCACCCUUCCUUUAUUCUGGUACAACCAUCGGACCACCCACAAUGUCUCCAUACAAAACAGGUUAGUCCUUUGGGGCAUAUUAAAAUUGAUUUGAUCCUGCUCAAAUACUUAAUGAACCCAUCCCUAGCAAUAAUAUGAAUCGAAUACUGGGCCUGCUUAAGUUUGAAGUAUCGCGGCGAAAGGAACCACGCCCAG